AUGAACUCGUGGUGGUUCAAAGCACUAGAUUUCGAUCCUCGUUCCUGUAAUCUGUCUGGCCUCGCUGCUUCUGGGCCGUAUUAUCAAUUCCGUGACGAUUUUUGGAAAGUUCAGACUCAGACACGGUCCGUCAAGGAUAACGGAAGUACUUCAUCUGGUAUUGCUCUGGGAAAACUGAGCAAAAAUGGAAGGCGAUUUGUUUCCAACUUUGAAAAUGGUUCCUGGUAUGGGCUCGAGGAUGUGGAGGAAAAUAACGAAUUCACACUAGUCUCUUCAUUGCCAGCCAUACCUCAGCCACCGACACCGCAUGAGCCUAUGGAAUUCCUAUCGAGGUCUUGGAGUCUCUCCGCUUCUGAAAUCUCCAAGGCUCUCUCAGAAAAACAAAAUAAGAAACCAGACACAUUGCCACUAGCCAUUUCAGCACCUCAACUACCAGGGAAGGCUAUAAGUUCUAAUUCUCCUAAUUGUCGAAGAAUGAGCAGCAUUGGUAAAUGGUUCUACCAAAAGCAUAGUAAUAGUACUAAUAAUACUACGGCAACGAGAAAGAAAGACAGAGUACGUUUAGAGAAUGCUCGUGUACAUUCUGCUGUGUCCAUUGCUGCACUAGCUUCAGCCUUGGCUGCUGUGGCGGCAGCCGAGAGCUCCAAUGGCCCUCCUUCAAAAUUAAACCUUGCUCUGGCUUCAGCCACUGAACUCUUAGCAUCACACUGCAUUGAAAUGGCUGAAUUAGCCGGAGCUGAUCAUGAGAAGGUGGCUUCUACGGUGAGGUCUGCGGUUGAUAUUCGAACCUCUGGUGAUCUGAUGACUCUAAGCGCUGCAGCCGCAACAGCUUUGCGGGGAGAAGCGGCUCUGAAAGCAAGAUUGCCCAAGGAGGCAAAGAAGAAUGCUUCCAUUAGUCCCUAUGAUAGGGGAAUAGCUGAAACGAUCUUGCUUUCUGUUUUUGACACUCCAACGUGGGAACGUCCUCCUCCAUGUGUGGGAGAUUUAUUGCUGCUUUCUCAAAAAGGUGUUUUACAAUGGAAGCAUGUUACUGUCUACAUCAACAAGAAAUGUCAGGUCAAGAUUAAGCUCAAAAGCAAGCAUGUUGGAGGAGCCUUCUCCAAAAAGAAAAAAUGUGUGGUUUAUGGAAUUUGUGAUAAAGAUGCCGCGUGGCCGUAUCAAAAGGAAAGGGAAGCAUCGGAGGAGUUAUAUUUUGGCCUUAAAACAGGACAAGGUCUUCUAGAGUUCAAGUGCAAGAGUAAACUCCACAAGCAGCAAUGGGUUGAAGGAAUAGAGAGUCUGCUUCGUCAACCCAAUUCCAUUGAAGGAACGGAGCGUUCUCUGGAAAGUUUGAGCAUCAGUAACAGCAUAUAAUUUGUUCCGACGAAGUUUUCCCAAAGGCCUGUACUCACUAUACAUAUGUCAGUUCUACGAUAUGAUACAGCAAUAAAGCAAAUCCGACAUCCAAAUUUCAUCUUCAGGACAUUAUCAUCCAAUUGUUGAAUGGAGUAUGUGUAAAUAAGAUAGAAAGAUCUGAGAUCAUGCAAUUUUCUGACGCAUUUUAGCACUCUAUUCUAGAUCAUAGCAGAGUUCAGAAGAUUUCCUUUCGAAACGGUUUGAUCAAGCAUCAGGUAAAACACAAAUGCAAGAUAGAAACGAAGAUGUAAGAAUAAAAGCAGAAGUAAAAGGCAUGAAACAGUGCGAGUUUGGAAUUGUCCGUUGUAUUUAAACAUAGAAAUAUUCUUAAGCUAUCUCACGUUUGUAAUUCUUGUUUCUUUUAUUUGUAAGAAAAAUAUGCUUUCUCA